AGUAGUGUCCGUUUGAAAGCGAGAAGUGUAUGAAGAUUCCCGCAUACUGUCGCACUGAACUGCGAAAAAAGAGGCAACCAUUUUUCUCCAUCGAUAUCGAGACGAGAUUUUGCAGAUUCCCCGUCGCGAGUGUUACACCUGGAAACGUAUUCGAUCGGAAAAAGUGGCUAGGUGUGAAAGUUUUCAUGAUCAGGUGGAUAAUACUAGAAUUUCGAUCAGGACUUGAAAAUUCUUGUGGAGCUUGGGCCGAACGCAAAUGGUGCGCGUUCCUUUGGCCAGCAGAAAGUAGCAAUUGCACCAUCAGGAAAAAAAGGAAGCAGUGAAGUGUUUUUUUUUAUCACAUUCCGAGUGACCGUUUUCUUUAGUGAUUACGCUGCUUCGUUUUGCUAUCUUGGUUGGAUGAACCUAGGAAUAAUAGGUCGUGAGAGAAGAUAUUGCAUCUUCCAGAAGGCGUAUCACUACAGAAGGCUAGACAACAUACGGAAAAGAUUCGGAUAGCAGGGGAUCAAAUCAGCAUCACCUAUCCAACCUUCAUCACCUUUACCAGCGGGAAGUUAUCCUUCGAGUAUCUGUGCAUAGCCGCGGAAAGCCGAACCAUAACUCCGUUAAGACUCAAAGGGCAUGUUUUCCACUUUUAUUGGACUAAUUGAUAUCCAAUCAUGGUGGGAGGUGCCCUGCAUUGCACACUUCUGUUCGCUGUUUAGUGGCUCCUUUCAGUUGCCGGAUUUUGACAUCGAGGAUCUCGAGGAAGCACUGCUAACCGAUGCCGAUGUCGAGAGUGAGGUCGAUUUGAAAAUUUACAACGCUCGUCUCUUGUCGGACCUCAUAGUGGCACUACUCAAGGGUUGCGACGCACUCAGCCAGAUCGUAGCGCACAUCAGCCCGAGUAACUAUCAGAUGUUCUUACGACGACUGUUUCGACAAAAAUGUCAGGAAUAUAACAUCGAUAACCCGUUCAACACCGACACCGACUUCGAGAAGCUUCCGUUACGCACCAAGAUCCUUAUUUUGAAAUAUCUGUGUGACUUUCGUUUAGAUUCGGCUGACGUUUUUAAUAGCUUUGCAAACCUGCAAGCAGACAGUCUGCGAGUUGAACCACUUGGCUACGACAGCAAAGGAUCAGCCUAUUGGUAUUUUUUCGGCACACGGCUCUACCGUGAGGACUACGAGGUCCAGUCGGGCAAGGGUACCAAAUCGUCGAAGCGAUCCGUUUGGCAGGUUAUUUGCUUCACUGAGGAAGACUGGAGAAACCUAGCUGGCAAGUUUCAACAAUCUAAAAACAAAAACGAACUUGCUUUGCAUCAGCAGUUGGAGGAAAACUUUUUACCCAACAUUCCGAAAAUCUUCCGCGACAAGGAGCGAGAGCGAAGAAACAGACUCCUGGAAAGACGAACCUCCUCUCGUAUAAAACUUUGUGAGGAACGUCGUUUGGCGGAACUUUAUCGCCAGCAGGAAAUCGAACAACAACAACUACUACUACAACAGCAAGUACAAGCUCUACACAAGAAAAAACGCACCCCGGAAGCUGCCGUCAGCGGUGUUGCAUAUACCAAACCACCAAACCUUUCCGAAGAGAGAGCCAAACGUGCCGAACGACGGUCACGUUCGAAUUCGGUCACAAGUAUAGUAUCUACCUACGCAAGCUCGCCAGAACCUCUCACUAGUGAUCUUAUUUUUCAGCAGAAAGAGUGCGAAUCCCCAAUCCCAAAUACUACUCUUAGUAAGCAUUCAAGCACUAAACAUUACACAGUUGUUACAACCCUUCCAGCUUCCCCUUCCUCUGAGCUAGGUUCCGAGCAAACCACAAGUGCGGACAUUUUAGUGGUAUCGGAAGAUUCCAAACGUGACCCAGAGUAUUACGACGGUAACAACGUUGAAGAAGUCGCUGACACAAGCGUUGUCGUUGAAUCGUUGAACAAUAAUCAGUGUACCGAGGUUGCUUCGUGCAUCAGUGUUGCCAGUAGUGAUACCACCAGUAGUGGCGUAAGUAGUAGAAAGCGUGAAAAAUCUCCGUCGUCGCCCCUGAGGGAAGACUUCACGUCUGUUCCGGGGACACCAUCACCGCACGGUUCACCGAUCGCGCCGAAGAAGAAAUCAUCUAAACGACCGAACAAAUCUCUGAGUGCCGAAAUUGAACGACUACUCCAGUACAAUCGUAACAUGGCUCCAACCACAACAAAGUUGCCCGGACGGCAGACCAACAAUUCAUUGUCGUCGGUCACGGGACCGGUAAUUCUGCCGUUCGCCGAAACACCCCCGAAAACAUCUGGUAGCAGCAGUUCGGCAAGCAAAAGUGGUGAUUCGAAUGCAGGUGGUGGGACUGGCGCGGCGACGAAGGGUGCGGGUCGGAAGAAGAAGAGCAAGGCAUCGCAAGUUUUCACCGAAACCGAGGAGGUCCUCCAAAUCGGAAUGCAUAAAGUGCUCGAAUACAUCAAGAACCACGAUGACGCGUGGCCGUUUAUGGAUCCAGUAGAGGAAGAUAUUGCCCCGAGAUAUUACUCCAUUAUCAGACGGCCGAUGGAUUUGCAGAAAAUGGAGGAAAAACUGGACAAUGGGGAGUAUCUAUCAUUUGCCGAUUUCCGCAACGAUUUUAGGUUGAUCGUCAACAACUGCCGACUGUACAAUGGACAGGCAAAUGAAUACACCGAAAUGGUCAACAAUUUGCAGAUCGCCUUCGAGAAGGCCACGAAAAAGUAUUUUGACUCGAAUUCGUCUGACGAGGAGCAAACGUUGGAGUAUCCGAUAUUCAAGGAGAAACCGUUCGCCAGCAACAGUAGCACCAGCGGUACUGGGAAAAUCCAGGAAUCAGCCGGGAGCGGCGCUAGUACAAGUAACAAUAAUAACAAUAACAACAGUCACAAUAAAUCUUCAAAGGAGAACAAAAGCGGCAAUAGUAAGAAGAGUAGCAACAGUAAUAGUAAUAGUAGUAAUAGUGGUAAGACGGGAAGUGGCACUGCAAAGGACGGUAAAAGUGUCGCGUCGGUGCAGCCAAAGAGUGUCGCUAGUGGUAAUAGUAGUAGUACUAGUAGCAAGACGGAUGGAAAAUCGAAGGAUACCAAAAAAGAGAAAAGUGAGGUCAGUGACGAUAGUUUCAAGAAAAAACAGAGUAGUGGGGAUGGGAGUAGUGCAAAGAAGGGCAAAUCGAAUGUACAGUCGGAUCCAAAACCUUGCCCAGAAGAAUCGAAUUCGAAAGGAUUGAAACGAAAGCGCAAAGAUAAAGAUAAAAAUGGUAAAACAAAGACAAAGAAAAUGAAAACGAGUGACAGUGAUGAUAGGCAUAAUGAAGACAGUGAACAUGACCAAAAUGAAGAGAACAAAAAAGGUGUGAAAAGUGCAAAAGAAGAUCAUGAUUUUCAUGACCGAUUUCGGACAUCGGAUCGGAAUGAGGAAGCAAAAAAAUCCAGUUCAAAGUUGAAACGCAAAGAAGAGAAGGCGAAAAACAAAGGUAAAAUAAAAAAGUCUAAAACCGUUGGUAAAAUGGAUAAAAGAGGAGAAACGGAGAAAAGAGGCAGACAAAAGUCACGGUCUCGUUCGCGAUCGUCUACCAGAUCAAAAACUGCGAGUCCGAUUUCCGGUAUGCCAAGUUCAUCUCCCAAUCCGUUUAUAACUCCCAAAAAAAAAAGCAAACGGGAAGAACUGUCACCAUUAAAAACGAAACACAAUAAAAAAGCACGAAAGAAGGAUCACUCUUCGGAUAGAGAUGCUGUAAAAAACAGCAAAAAACCUGUCAGACACCCGGACACUUCGCUUAGCUCCAUUUCGCCAUCUCCAGUGAAAAGAAAGGGUAGAAGUGGAGUGGAGAAGCUCAAACAAGAGCCAUCAGAGGAUAGUAUUGCCGUUGCAAAUGUGCAAAAUGAAAGAAAAGAACGCAAUUUGGCAGAUAUUGAUAAUACUAAAAUAUUGGAGAAAAAAAGUGGUUACAUUAGCGGCGAUAGUGCCAAUGAACUAUCAGUUGGAGAAGAUAAUAAAAAAGAAAAGAAACUCAAGAAAGGCUUAAUAAAAAUUGAAAAAUCUAAAGGGAAAAAUAAAAACGAUGAAAAACAGAAAAAGAAUAAAUUAAAGGGAAAAUCAAAAAAAUCCAAACCCAAAAAUGUUGAAACACCUUCUCUAGUUGGAUCCAGCAACGAUGAUGAACUAGAAGAACCAGUGAUGGACGAUAAGAACAAGAAAUCUUUAGAGAAGGAAAACAUAAGUGCCUCAAAGAAACAGCCGAAGGAUUUUUCUAAGUACACAACACUUCCCAGGGAUAGAAGCUCGUCUAGGAGUUUCUCACGAUCUCCCAGUCCUCUGCCUUCGAUUAGGGAUGAUUAUUCUUCUUUCUCGGACCAUUCUAUCGAUUUUGAUGACGUUAAUGACGUUACGAUGCAGACAAAGCAACUUCUCAGUCGACCGAUUACACCCGAUAUCAAGGACAAAUACGAUCUCAUAAAGCAACGGCGUCGGAAUCAGGCUUCGGUGUCCCAACCAAAUUCCUCAAUUUCACCCGUUGGGGAAAAGCCGUUGAAAUCGAAGCAUAAAACUCACGAGACCAACAAAAAGAAAACAAAAACGAUUCAACCUCUUGAUACUAGCGCAAGUGCCUCAACAAUUGCUCUCAAAGAAUCAGUUAAACCAAACGAAAAAGAGCGUAUCACUUCUAAAGAAACGACCAAGAGUAAUAAAAAGCGAGAUCAUUCUAGUGAACUUCCCACUGAUACUCCAGCCGUGGAGUCACCUCCGAAAUGGAGCGAAUCGGAGCCACAAGUAUCGUCGGUUGAGAAACAACGUUCUUCGUACAAAGGGGAAAAGAUGGAAAAACCAAAAGAAACCGAAAAGAAAGUUGGCCGCAGUGACGAGUAUGAUUUCGUGGACGAUUUGCCGCCGGCGGCAUCCAUCGCACCGAGUAUUAUCGCACCGAUUGCUUCACCGAUUGAAAAGGAUGUCAAACUUAUGAAACCCAAAGGUGACAGCAGUAAGAAAUCUAAUCAAAAAUCAAACAAGACAAACCACAACUCCUCAUCCCGAGUCAAUGCCGGGUUGGCGAACAAACAACCGAAAGCUUCCGGAGCAAACAUGGAAGCACUAGAGCUGGAAACCGAGCAAACACUGAAAGACAUCAAUAAAUGGCUUGAAAAUACUCCACGAUUCUCGGAGUACAGUUCGGCCAGUAAUUCGCCAUCUCGAUACAUAAUGGACGACUUAGAUGCGGUAACGGCUAAGAUUGAUGCGGCCGAUUUUCGCAAACCGAUACCGUUGUCUCAGCUGCCGGAGGAAACCGAGAAGCCAAUCAUUCCAUCUCCUCAGUCAGUAGCUCCUCCACCUCUGACGGUGCUUCCAACACCGGCUGCUUCGAUGGUUAUGUCCCCAAAGCGAAUGACGCCUCCGAUUUCGAAGGAACAGGUUAAACUCAAGCAACCGAAAGAAACCCUCACAGAAAGUAACCCAAUAAAGGAAUCAGUAAAUAACGUAAAUAACACUCCUUCCGCACGAACGCAACUUCCACAACCACAACAUCCACCAUUGACAAACACUAUACCCCAGUUUCAUCAACCGGUUCCACCACCUGUCGAGCGAACACUGCUGGGACCUCCUCCAAUAAUCCCUCCACACUCUCAGAAAAAAGAACCCAAGGAAACUAAGCGAAAAAGCCUAAAGGAAAAACUAAGUCAGCUUGGAUCGCGCAAACGAGAAACGGUCCAACACCGUACAAAUAUCGAUCGCCUGCAACCAGGCAAAUCCAAAGGCAAUCUAAUUAGUAGCAUUCAGAAUCUCAACAAACCGGAGGAGAUGUUUCCAUUGGGCGGAGCUGGUGUCUCUGGAAGCACAAGCGCUGGUCUCGGAGGUACCAAACUUAAAGAGGUUAAAAAUUCUUUGAUUGUAAAAACAGACGAAUCCAAACCGAAACUAAGCUUAGGUACGGUGCUGAAUACGGCUGAAGGUUUCGGUCUGGGGCAACAGCACGAGUUCGCGGAUGAGAAAAAAGAUCAUUCUGUUAAGGAGUGUGAAGAUAAGGAAGACGAAAAGGAAACUGAAUCAUUGAAUAGUUCGAAAGAUGACAGUGGACAGUCAGACAAACUCUUGAUUCACGACGAUUUGAAAGCAGCUAAAACGGAACUAAUGUCCAAAACGGAUCCGAGCAAAAUAGUGGAAUCUCCCGAAAAAGUUAUCAAAGCUGUGACAAAGUCUGAUAAACCGUCAGCGACACCAAAUUUGAGUGCUUGGUUCAAAGCCUUUGGAGGUGCUCCGAAGAAACCUAAAAAGACGGAAGAAGGAGAUGAGUCGGCGAGUAAAAUUUCACCAAAUGAUGGUGUCAAGGCAACUGAGAACACUCCUCCAUCAGAUGUACCGAUUGUGCCAAGUCUGGAAAGUCCCAGCUACCCUUCGUUGCCUGCUCCGAGACAGAGGAAAGCUAGCACUGGAAGUACCGUGUCCGAACGAUCGUCGUACAGUCAAGAUCCGGACAGUCCACGGAUAGGAAUCGAUGAAAGGAUAGGUGGUUACCCAGCUCCAUAUCCGAGUCCGAUGGGUGCUUCGCCCGUAAUGACUUCUCCAAAACUAGACGACACUCAAAAGAGUCCAUAUCCCAUGAAUGGAGCAAUUAAGGUCGGCUUCUACCAGGACACCACUACCAAAAGCAGCCCGGAGAAAAGCUGUAGCCCCAGAGAUUUACCAUCACCAUAUCCACAAUACUCUCAACAUUUGUACACUGCUAAUUCCGGAAUAAGUGGCAAUAAUUUGUACGGAAACUAUGCUUACGGUGCGAACAGUGCUACGGCCAACAAUCCUAUGGAUAACUUCAAAAACUAUGAUCAGUACAAACAACCUGCUUCACAGGAAUCUGAUUACAAUUCCUCGAUGAGUCCUAGUACAAAUCCCAACUCACCGUACCACAACCAACAAUCGUCGCCUUACCAACAGCAGCCAAAUUCACCCUACCAGGGGCAACAAAAUCAGAACUACAACCAACCCAUUCCUUCUCCGGCCUCCUCCGGGCCGCUCUCUCCGUACAGCAACACUUCGCUAGCACCUCAGUCAUCAGUACAACAAAGUCCGGCCCAAUCCGUUAGUGGUCAUUCGCCUUUCAAUCCAUCGCCGACGUCGCCUUAUCAAACACCUCAACAUCCAUCUCAGAACCAACAACCACAGACUCAGAAACCUAACCAGCCUCAGCAAACGCAACAGCAUUCGUCGAAACCAAAUACUCCAAUCCACCAGAGUCCAAAUUCACCGUUCUCUCAGUCGAAUCACAGUUCACCGUACUCACAACAGGAUCCAAAUUCGCCGUACUCGCAGGGCCAGCUUUAACCGUUCCAACCGAUGUCUCCGAAACCGCAACAAUCAGCCGGAACGACAAACAACAGUUUACAGCUUGCACCGCCUAUCAUCACCCCUCAACAGGCGGCAGCAGCAGCCGGUGUUACUUUGCCAGAAUCACCGGUGAAUAACCUAUCACUGUCGACACAGCAAACCUCCCCCCAGCAACAACCACAGCAAGUUCAACCACCAACUGGAUCUCAGCUGUCUCACCAGCAAUCUCAGCUCGGUAGCCAAGUUAAUACUCAGCCAAACUGGAAUCAGCACCAGACGUACAAUCAAUACCCUGCAACAGCAGUCCCAGUCCCAGCGGACAGUUCAGCUAUUGGUAUGGGUUCAAAUCUUCCGGCUCCCGCUCACAUGCAUCACCAAUCGCAACCGCUGUCACAACCUCAACAACAACAGCAACCGCAACCAGCACAUCACAAUACCCAGCAGAUGCAGACUCAUUUACUACCACCACAAACGCAGCAGCAUCCACCACAACAACAACAGCCGCACCAACUACAACCACUGCAUCCACAACAAACGUCCGCAUGUACACAACAGAGUCUUCAACAUCAAAAUCUGAAUAAUCUUACUCCAGCUCAUAGUCAGUCGAGCGUCCAACAGCAGCAUAGUCAUCUGAGCAACCUGCUGAGUAACAACCCAUACGCAUCUAACUAUGGGCGACAGGCGUACGAAUCAACGGUUCCCAUAUCGCAGAGUCAUUCACAAGACGGAAUCAGUGGCAACAAAAAUCAACCCACCAAAGUACCUGAACUGAUUAAUUUGGGUUACAACAAUAGCAGUAGCAAUGAAAACAGUACCAGCAACAAAAAUCAACCUCUGCAACAACAGCAGCAGCAGCAGCAACAACAACAGGAUAUACCUAUGAAUAUGGGAAGUAAGGCAAUAGAAAGUACCAAGGAUAAAGACCUUGCCAAGCAACAGCAAAUGUUUGAACUAAUGGGAGCGAUGGGCUACGGUAAUCCAAUGGACAUUUCGAUCAGUAAGAGCAAGGCAUUUGAUAUGUUCAAUCGAGCAGCUACAAUGACAUUCCCAAGAGGGUUUCCUCCAUCGGCUGGUGGUGGUGGUUCAGGACAGAUUCAGCAAGAUUCCGGGAAAAGCUCAUAUCCAGGGUCCAACUCAUCGGGCUAUGACCAAAUGCAGACAAAUACAAACAAAGCACGCGAUAUGAGUGGAACCAAUGUCUAUGGCAUCCCCCAGCAACAGUCCCAUCAACAACAGCCAAAGACAAACCAGAACGAUCUACUUUCUGCUGGAAAUCUACGAGGAAAUACAGCCGGAUAUGAUCAGCGACCCUCUGGCAAUGUCACAGCACAGCAGCAACAACACAACAACAUUGAUCUCAGUACCAGUUACAAAUCAUUCGGUGGGCAGUCCACCCUCAUGGAUCCGGCAUUGCGUAAUUUGGCCUCCCUAUCAUCACUAUAUCAAGCGGACGAAAGAUUGCUAGGUUCUGGAUCCACAACUGCUGGAUAUUACGACAAGGCAAUGCCUCCUGCAGCUCAUAUGUUCGGCAAAAGUCUUCCCGCUGAAUCGUCUUCCACGGUUGGAUCAGUUGCUUCCACUUCGGCACUUCAGCAGAUGUUCAACACAUCGAUGGCAACGACAAUGGCCUACAAUGCUGCUGCUCGAGAUCAACAGUCCAGCUAUGGAACAAACUACCUUCAACGAAAUGAUCUACUCAGUCAGGGACAGAAAGUUCCACUGAACAUACCGUCUGUACCGAAUCCAACUAUUCCUUCUGAACCAUCUAAACCAAAACGUGGCAGAAAGAAGAAGGAAACGCAAGACAUGUUACAACAGCAGCAAUCACAGAUACAGCAUCAACAGCAAGCCCAUCAACAACAUCAGCAGCAGCAGCAACAGCCGAAUGCGGCACAUCAAGGUUUUCAGUCGUACUCCGGUCUUAAAACGUCACACCCAUCCAGUUCUUCCAGUAAUCACCCAGUGGCAUCGUCGAGUACGCCCGGAAAUGUCACCACCAAUUCGAAUUCGGAACCUUCGGCCAUCUCCCUUAAAACAGCAAACGUCGUUCCGGGAAGCGCAUUCAAUUUUGGUCCAGGGCCAACGGGGCUCAGUCUUCCGUCGAGUCUUUACAGUGACAAUUCUCCCUAUCUGGAUGAAUUCCGCCAGAAUCCAAAUCCGUACCCGUACCUUCCAUCUAGUCAUCCCCGAGGACCAUCUGUGUCUUCCAGUGGUCCAUCGGACGGAUCGGACAAAGUGGGUAAUCCCACAGCUCCAACGGCGUCAGCGGCAGUGGCAGCGGCCGCAGCAGCUGCUACUGUAGUCCACCAACCUCCUCCUGCUGCUUCCCCAUACCAUCAAUUUCUUUCGCACCCAUCAUCCCGACCGUCGCCAUAUCAGUUCAUGAACCAGCUGGAUCCCCUUCACCAGCAAUACAUUCGCCAAGAGGAACUGCGUGCUCAGAUGAUGCUAAAUCAAAGUCUCGGUUUGGGUGCUCCCGGUGCGCAUGGACCACCUCCGGGAGCUUACGGUCAACCAGGUGCUUAUCAUCCAGCUUUGGGUAUCCACAAGCCGUACGAUGCCAUGAACUCGAUGAAUCGACCUCCCUGGCUAUAACAGCAACAGGAAGUCGCCGGCGUGACACCGGUGGUGGUGGAUGAUCCCCACCGGACAACGGUGGCUGGUGACAUAUCGGUGGCAAGCACCGAACGCGAACCUGCCAUCGUCGGUAGUGGCGAUGCGGGGACACGGGACGAAUCCGUCGCGUGGGACGGCCGGAGGAAUCAAAAUCACAACUUCUAGGCUCUUCUAGAUUGUAAUGUUAUUUCGUAAAUGUUGAUUUUAAUACAGUGAUUUUAUUUUAUUUUUUUAUUAGAGUUUGUUUUAAACGGGAAUACGCGUUCUUAGGGUAGUUGUGGAUAAGAUAUUGUUAUCCAUGAGAAGAAAAAAAAAGUGUUUUUAAAACCAUAAACGGAUCAAGAGAUUGUACUACUUUUAACGUAAACCAUUAGAAUCUAGACCAGUUCUAUAUAGCAUAGAACAUUUUUCGUUAUGGAAAAUAAUUUUGUUUUCUGGUUAAAACGAUCUACCAAACAUGAAAUCACCAAAAAAUAUGUGCUCGUUCCGUUCAUUGAAUAAUGUUGGAUUCAGGAAGUUGUAUUCAUUUUACACUUUCGUUUUUUGUGAUAUGCAAACCGAGUUGCGCCAAAAUUUCGUCAAUAUUCAUUAAAUUAUUUCGCAAUAUGCUGUUCUUUUAAUGUUCAUGCUUUCAUUAGAAAUUUCGGGUUGAUCGAUUGUAGUUAAAUAAAAAAUUACAAAUUUUCGGAAUAAUUUAAAACAAAGAAAAUCCGUCAUAUAGUUUGGUGGUUUUGUGUGGGGCUGCUGAAUAAUGUUUUCGUAAUGUGAGUGUGCAAUAUCCAGCGAACGUUACAUAUGCAGAGGUAUUUGGUUUUCCCGUAACAAAUGUCAUGCAGAAGUCGUUCGGAUUAAUUUCCUUUUCGUGGGAGUAAAUAUCGAAGUAUACCUUAGUACCUUAGUGUAGUUUCUUUAAUUGUAAGAAUACCGGCAUAUUAUAUCGCACGUGAGAAAAAAAAAUCCGUUGUCGAUCCAUGUUAAACAUUUGUUGUCCCAUUUGCUGAGCCUUGAUUCCACAAAGUGGUAAUUACAGCGAGGAACAUAUUGAUAGUGAGUCAUUGUUUGGAUAGUGACGAAUACAGAAUUAAUCAGCAUAAUACGAACUGCAGUAUGAGUGCAGUAUACCAACACCUCUCUCAGCUCUUUAGUGUUUGUUAGAUGUUGUAUUUUUGUAUUGUUUUUUGUUCACAAGCAAUCGUAUCUAAAACCUAUUCAGCACUUAUUUUAAUGUAAGUUGUGAAAGUUGUACAUUGUGUUUCGGUAGAUUAGCAAUUAGUGUUGUUUCUUCUCCUGCUUUUAGUACACCUAAACCAAAUGAGAUUAGACCAAGAGAAAAUUAUCAGAUAUAGCGGUUUCAAAUCAUAAGUCUAAAUAUGGCAAGUCAUUUUUCCAUCUUUCCCAAAGCCGUGUUUUCUUUCUAUUUCCAAACCUUCUGUGGACACCACGAGUAAUACUUUACCUGAAAAAAAAUAACACGAUAGCCUAGUACGAUUUUCUCUCUAGAGCAGAACGAACGCUUCAAGUGAACACCAGAAGUUUAUCCACACGAAAAGCAAAAAUGAAAAACAACCAAUAUGAGUAUUUCGCGUAGGAUUCCCUCUCUAAUGCCUUAAAUGUGAACCAAUGAAAACCGUUGUAGACAGACACCACAACAGGAAACAUAUAUCAUUCACUGAUGGUAGAUUAUAGGAUGACUACAAAUACAAACCUUCGUUUGGGUGCAUCUCAAAUAAAUCAAGAGCUGUAACGUAGUUGCAAAUCGUUCUAUUUCACUUCCCAUCGCUCUGAGCGUACUAGACGUUCCAAUCAGACGUAUCUAAACAUGUUUAGUAAUUUUGUAAAUAAUGAAUAGUGUAAGCCAAAUGUCUUUAAACAGAAUCAAAAUAUUGUAAGCUUGUAAAUAUUGAAAUCAAGAUGCAUAAAUAAGUUUAGAACAAGAUACGCUCUACUAACCAGGAACCCAAGUUUAAUGUUUGGUCUUUUUAGGAUCGUACAAUGCAUGUAGGAUUAUUUGUUUUGAUAGUGAAAAUAAGGAACAAAAACAUACAAAAAUGUUUACUAUGUAAUACACGAUAAGAUUGAAAAUAUUAAGGUAAAUAUAGGAAACAGAAUUUAUGUUUACAAACUUUGGGUAAUAAAAUCAUGUUGAUUAAUAAUAUGUUAGCGGAGUAAAAAAAUUAAAUCAUAUAUACAAUAACCAAUUUAGUUUUAUAUACUACAAACCUUUACUAUGAAGGUAAAGUAAAAAUAUAUUAUAACCGAGAAGAAUAAUGUUAAAAUAAAAUAAUGUGUGACAGUAGUAGAAAAAAUAUACAAAGUAAACUGUGAAUGAGACAUGUGUAAAAUUACAAAAAAAAAUAUGGAGUAAAUAUAUUUAAAAAUAAA